GGGAAAGUCUUCAGCACUUGCCCCUUCCAGUCCAGACGGAACUUGGUAGUUUCCAACUUGCGGCUGGAGGGGUGGGCUGGUCCGUGAGCAGCAACAAACGGGGGGGGCGAAGGUGGAAGGAGGAGUGAGUGUGGGGGUGCCACUUUAAUAAAAGGCAUGGCGGCAUGUCGUUUUCGGAGAAGCAUUGCGGCUCAGCUUUCACGUGUUCUGGAGGUGCCAUCAGAAAACUUGGUAAAGUCAAUAAGUGCUGUUCCAGUGUCCAAAAAAAGGCAGUCUGGUGAUUUCCAGUUCUUUGUGAGCUCUGUCCUAAAUGCCAACUCAAACAAUUACUCAAGGUCAGAUAUUCAACUUCAAACCGAAAGGCUGGCGGAGAAGCUAAAAUGUGAUACAGUUGUGAAGGAAAUCAGCACAGGUGAAGGAACAGUAAACUUCACAAUAGAUCGAGAAUUAUUAGUAAAGACAGUGUUGCAGCACGUGUUUGAAGAUGGCUCACAGUAUGGAAUAAGAAGUGAACUUUUCUCAAAGUUGCCAAAAAGAAAGAUUCUAGUUGAGUUUAGUUCACCCAACAUUGCAAAGAAGUUUCAUGUGGGACAUUUGCGUUCUACAAUAAUAGGAAAUUUCAUAGCAAAUCUCAAUGAAGCAAUUGGGCAUCAAGUUACAAGAAUAAAUUACCUUGGAGAUUGGGGCAUGCAAUUUGGUUUGUUGGGAGCUGGCUUCCAAUGGUUUGGCUCUGAAGAAAAGCUGAAAUCUAAUCCUUUACAGCAUCUCUUUGAGGUCUAUGUACAGGUCAACAAAGCAUCAGCAGAAGAUGAAAAUAUCAAAAAGCUGGCACAAGAUUUCUUUAGGAAACUAGAGGCACGUGAAGAACAAGAAGUGUCAUUGUGGCAGCAUUUUAGAGAUGUUAGCAUUGAAGAAUAUGUCCAGAUAUACAAGCGUCUGGGAGUGUGCUUUGAUGAAUAUUCUGGAGAAUCAUUCUAUCAAGAGAAGUGUCAGGAAGUUCUAAAGAUGUUGGACCGAAAAGGAUUCCUUAAAAAAACUGAGGAAGGAACAGGAAUUGUUUACCUUUCUGAAAAAGGAGACCCAUGUACUGUAAUGCGUAGUGAUGGCACCUCACUCUACUUAACAAGAGAUCUUGCUGCUGCUAUAGACCGAAUGAAUAAAUAUAAUCCUGACACUAUGAUAUAUGUGACAGAUAAAAGCCAGACCCCUCAUUUUCAACAAAUGUUCCAGAUACUGAAACUAUUGGGUUAUGAAUGGAUGGAAAGGUGCCAGCAUGUGCCAUUUGGGAGAGUUCAAGGGAUGAAGACACGAAAAGGAGAGGUGGUUUUCCUUGAAGAUGUUUUGGAUGAAGCUUGCUCUAUGGUGUUAGAAAAAAGGGCUUCUUCAAAAACAACCAAAGAAGUGGACAACACUCUUGAGACUAUUGAACGCAUUGGGCUUGCAGCACUUAUCAUUCAGGACUUCAGGGGUCUCUUGUCAUCUGAUUAUCAGUUCAGCUGGGAGCGUGUUCUCCAAAGCCGAGGGGACACGGGCGUCUUCAUACAAUACACGCACGCCAGACUGCACAGUUUAGAAGAGGUGUGUGGAACGGUCAGUCAAGUGUCCCACAUUAACACUACCUUUUUACAAGACCCACAGGCUAUUUCCUUGAUUCAGCAUCUUCUCAGAUAUGAUGAGGUUCUUUACCAGUCUUCUCAAGAUCUUCAGCCCAAACAUAUUGUUAGCUAUCUUCUUACACUCAGCCAUUUAGCAGCUGCAGCUCAUAAAAUGCUACCUGUGAAAGGCAGUGUUCCGGAACUCGCAGAGAGACAGAAAAAACGUGAUACAGAGAGACAGCAUGCUGGACGCAACCCACACAGUGAUGAGAAUUACCAGUUAUGCAUGUGGCUAGCAAGAAUUUGUCUCUUCCAGGCUGUACGCUCUGUUCUGGCUAAUGGAAUGAAACUUCUAGGAAUCACACCUGUAAAUAAAAUGUAGUACAAAGACCUCCUUCAUGCCUGCUCGAAAAUAAAAUUAUUUUGAAGAUUG